CUCGGGUGACGCGCCGCAGGCAAGUAUCGCGAUAAGAGGGAGUGAGCGUAGCUCUGGCAAGUCACUAUGGUGACUGGGAGGUCCAGAGGCUUCAAGAUAACUGAUCCCAGUUAUCUGCUCUGUGAGAGCAAUCGCCACUGCUUUCCUGGAAUUUAAGUAAAUACAAUCAAGUGGUAUUUAAAAUUUUUGCUGAAAGUGGAGACAUGAGACUGAAGAUAUCUCUUUUAAAAGAACCAAAGCAUCAAGAAUUAGUAAGCUGUGUGGGCUGGACUACUGCUGAAGAACUGUAUUCAUGUAGUGAUGACCACCAGAUAGUGAAGUGGAAUUUGUUAACCAGUGAAACAAGUCAAAUAGUAAAGCUUCCUGAUGAUAUUUACCCUAUAGAUCUUCACUGGUUUCCAAAAAGUUUAAGCAUAAAGAAACAAACUCACGCAGAAAGCUUUGUCCUCACAAGUUCUGAUGGUAAGUUUCAUCUGAUAUCCAAGUUAGGGAGAGUGGAAAAAAGUGUAGAUGCUCACUGUGGAGCAGUACUUGCAGGAAGAUGGAAUUAUGAAGGAACAGCAUUAGUUACAGUUGGAGAAGAUGGGCAAAUAAAAAUAUGGUCAAAAACUGGGAUGCUAAGAUCAACUUUAGCUCAGCAAGGAACACCAGUGUAUUCAGUAGCUUGGGGCCCUGAUUCAGAAAAGGUUCUUUACACAGCAGGCAAGCAGCUGAUCAUUAAACCUCUUCAACCAAACGCUAAAGUUUUACAGUGGAAAGCUCAUGAUGGCAUUAUUUUAAAAGUAGAUUGGAAUUCAGUGAAUGAUCUAAUUUUAUCUGCUGGUGAAGACUGUAAAUAUAAGGUAUGGGAUAGUUAUGGCCGCCCGCUGUACAAUUCACACCCGCAUGAGCAUCCUAUUACCUCAGUUGCCUGGGCUCCAGAUGGAGAAUUAUUUGCUGUUGGAUCGUUUCAUACUUUACGCUUGUGUGAUAAAACUGGGUGGUCAUAUGCUUUAGAAAAGCCCAACACUGGCAGCAUAUUUAAUAUUGCAUGGUCAAUUGAUGGCACUCAGAUUGCUGGAGCCUGUGGAAAUGGACAUGUUGUUUUUGCACAUGUAGUGGAGCAACGUUGGGAGUGGAAAAAUUUUCAAGUAACAUUAACUAAAAGAAGGACCAUGCAGGUUCGUAACGUUCUUAAUGAUGCAGUGGACUUACUGGAAUUCCGUGAUAGAGUCAUUAAAGCAUCUUUGAACUAUGCACACUUAGUUGUUUCAACAUCUCUUCAAUGUUAUGUGUUCUCUACGAAGAACUGGAACACACCACUUAUAUUCGAUCUCAAAGAAGGAACUGUUAGUUUAAUUCUGCAGGCAGAAAGACAUUUUCUUCUUGUAGAUGGUGGUGGUAUCUAUUUAUAUUCUUAUGAAGGGCGCUUCAUUUCUUCUCCAAAAUUUCCUGGAAUGAGAACAGAUAUUCUGAAUGCACAGGCUGUGUCUCUAAGUAAUGAUACGAUAGCAAUAAAAGACAAAGCAGAUGAAAAAAUAAUCUUCCUCUUUGAGGCAUCAACUGGAAAACCAUUAGGUGAUGGGAAGUUUCUUUCUCAUAAGAAUGAAAUUUUGGAAAUUGCUCUGGAUCAAAAGGGACUUACCAAUGAUAGAAAAAUUGCUUUCAUUGAUAAAAAUAGAGACCUCUGUAUUACCUCAGUGAAACGAUUUGGGAAGGAAGAACAAAUUAUCAAACUUGGAACAAUGGUGCAUACUUUGGCAUGGAAUGAUACAUGCAAUAUCCUUUGUGGACUUCAAGACACUCGAUUUACAGUGUGGUAUUACCCCAACACAGUUUAUGUGGACAGAGACAUUUUGCCUAAAACAUUAUAUGAAAGGGAUGCAAGUGAAUUUAGUAAAAAUCCCCAUAUUGUGAGUUUUGUUGGAAAUCAGGUAAUUAUAAGAAGAGCUGAUGGCUCACUGGUUCACAUCAAUAUAUCACCAUAUCCUGCUAUUCUCCACGAGUAUGUAAGCAGUUCAAAAUGGGAAGAUGCUGUAAGACUUUGUCGCUUUGUUAAGGAGCAAACCAUGUGGGCUUGCCUAGCUGCUAUGGCGGUUGCUAAUCGAGAUAUGCCUACUGCAGAAAUAGCCUAUGCAGCAAUUGGUGAAAUUGAUAAGGUUCAAUAUAUCAAUUCCAUAAAAGAUCUUCCAUCUAAAGAAUCAAAAAUGGCCCACAUAUUAAUGUUUAGUGGAAACAUACAGGAGGCUGAAAUAGUACUUCUUCAGGCUGGCCUUAUUUAUCAAGCAAUCCAGAUCAAUAUUAAUCUCUACAACUGGGAAAGGGCACUUGAAUUGGCUGUAAAACACAAAACACAUGUUGAUACAGUUCUUGCUUACCGUCAAAAGUUUUUGGAGACAUUUGGUAAACAGGAAACUAAUAAACGAUAUUUGCAGUAUGCAGAAGGUACAGUGAUCUUUAUCUUUUUGUUCACUGCUGAAUCCUUGCAUCUAGAACAAUCCUUGGCAUAUGGUAAGCACUAAGUAUUUGUUGAUUGAGUAAUUGAAUCAUACAGGUAAGGUAUAUAGAAUGAGGAAUGGAAAUACUUGAUGGUGGCAUUAGGGGAAAGUUUAUGAAGUGUCAGGGAACACAGUCAUAUUACAGUGAUCUGAGGAGAGAAUGAGAGUCAGGAAUAAGAAGAAGAUGAGGGGAGUGGCUGCAGGAAGACAGAAUAGAGAGGGAAGCAUAAAGAGGAGCACUGUGUGAGGAGAAGGGGACUGAACAUGUAAGUAAGCACUGAUGACAGAUGUCCUAUAGGAAUCAAAGGAGAUGGGGUCAGGGACUUAAGUGAAAAGGUUAGCAUGAGACAGAAGGGAAAGACAGAGAUGGAAACAGAUGUAGGUGAGUUUAUGUGAAGAAGGAGAUUAAGGGAAUUCAGGCCUGAUGGCCACUAAAUCUCUCAAGUAGAAAGCUGAUAUUCAGCUAAGAGUAAGGGAGAUAGGGUAGAGGAUGGAGAGCCAUUUGGCAUGACUUUGAAAUUACUUCCAUGUGAAUAAGAAUUUACCAGGGACUAUAAUAAGAAGUGCCAAAUAGUAUUGACUUCCUGUAAUGAAAGAGAUUGUGUUUUAAUGUUGAAGUCACUUGACAGCUGUCUUGAGUAUAUCCUUAUCUAAAACUCACUAUUAAAAAUACUCAAUUCCAAGGACUAAAUUAUCGGUAGAAUACUGUUCUAAAACUGGAUAAAUGCCACAGUUGAAAGUGAAACAUUUAUUUUCAGUAGGAUAGCUAUCAACUGACACCCUCAUUUGUAAUUAAUAUAUAUGUCAUCAAUUUACUUGAUGGACUUUUGGUGCAACAGAGCAACAGUUCAGUGUACCAUCAAUAUAUGGUUUUAUUGUGAUCGACUGGGAAACAUGUAAGUCAAUUUAAGGCUGGAAGAAGGCCAAAGGCAUUCAUCAAGUCUUGUCUUUCUCUUUGCAAAUGUUUUGUUAGACAUGGAAAUGAGUGUUGUGCCAUUUAAAAAAUAUCAAGUUCUAGCCUGAUUGAAUAACAGGUCUUUCAAAUAAUCUAAGGUUUGCUCUGCCUUCCCAUGAGCUGUCAUUUUCAUCUUAGCACAGACAUUUAUCUUCUGUAAGAGGGAUUCUUUUAAUUCAUUUGUUUUAUAUGUUAUAGACAAGUAUAUGGAAGUAUUAGCUUUAAAAAAGUGACCAAAAACAUCAACAAAUUACUUCACAGAAAUAUAGGUGAAAGAUAUUAGAAAUAAAAAAGAACCAAAUAUUUAAUUCCAUCCACUUCCAGCACAAAAUAAAAGAGGCAAGAAGUCCUGUCAAGGUUAAAUUAAUCUCUCCAUUACUUAAGAUUAAUUUGUUCAGGCAGCCAGUAGUACCUCAGUCUAGUUUAAUACUACUUAUUCCACUCAACUGGCAUAUGUGGAGGUGAAACCUAUUCACUUCUUGUUGUUGUUUGAUAAAUAUUUUAAAAAUUGUUUUAUAUUGAGGUACAUACAAUAAAAUGCAUAAAUCUUAGUAUAUAGCUUAAUUAAUUUUGACAUGUCUAUACACUCAUGUGACCAUCUCCCUGAACAAGUUGUCAAACAUUCUUACUAAUUUUUGGAAACCUAUUCACUUUUGGCUCAGUCUCUGGAGUUUCAGGUUUUUUUCAUAGUAAAUCCAAGAGAAUCUAGGACCCAUUCUUUUCCAUAUUUUGGCUGAGAGGGCACAAAUUCCUAAAUUAGUGAUCUCCAAGCUUUUUAAAACAGUAGAAUGCUUUUUCCAAAGAAUCUGUUCAUAGAACUCAGUGCAGAGUUCAUUCCUAACACCAAGUUUAAUGAAUGUAGAGGAAGGGGUAGGGGGGAGGGGGCUGCAUCAUGGAUCAAAGGGAAGGAAACAAGACAAAAAUGUUAUCACUUGUCAGUGAUUCUUUUUAGUCUCCCAGCCUUGCUUUCCCACUAAUUCCUCUAUCUUUUCAUCACUGCUUAACCCUCAUCGUGUCUUUAUAUUACUUUAAGAGUUGUUGCAAAGAAGCCUGUAGGCUUUUGCACUGUAGGCUUAGGGGAAGCAAAUGCUCCCCUUUCUUGUAAUAGAAACAUCAAUAUAUAAGCAGUGAAGAGCUGACCCAUUUGAAACAGGGCCUCAUGGCCAGAGCCCAGUCCAUUUUCCUCUUAUCGGGAGCUCUUGAGCAGUCACCUUCUCCCCGCUGUUCCUGAGGCACCCAUGCAGAACUCUAAAGCUCCAAGGGACUGUUUAGAUGUGCCUUUUAUAAAUUAAAUACAAUUGGAUUUCAGUCUUUUGAUCACGAUGAGAGUCUUUGCUCUUUAUUGUGGUAAUUGUCCUGUUUGGUCUUACACUUAAAAGCUAUUUUUUUUAAGCAUUAUUUUUCUUAAUUUUUAUGCCCUCAUUUCUUAAUUUUUUGGAAGUCAUACAUUCUAUUUUUGUUUACUCUUGAUUACUUUGGAUUAAACAAAAAUGUUUUAUACUGUGUAAGCAUGUU